AUGGGUUUCGGUCAGUUUGACACGAUCUGCGAGAAGGCGCCCAUGCCUUUGUGCUCCUUGGUGGGCCCAGCGUCGACGAUCUCCGGGUCAACAGGCAUCAUAUCCAACUGCUAUGCGCGGAACAUUGAGCUUGCAAAUACAAUCAUAUUUGAGGGUGCCGCGUGCUUCAUGCAUAUCAUGGCACUUAGCAUGACAGUGAUCAUGAUCUUGCACGUUCGGUCCAAGUUUACUGCCGUCGGCCGUAAAGAGAUCAUCACCUUCUUCUACAUCUACCUAGCUCUGACACUUUUCUCUCUUCUCAUUGACGCAGGUGUCGUUCCGCCAGGGAGCGGCCCGUUCCCGUACUUCGUGGCUGUUCAGAACGGCUUGACAUCUGCACUUUGCACCUGUCUUCUCGUCAACGGGUUUGUCGGCUUCCAGCUGUACGAAGAUGGCACAGCCCUCUCCGUGUGGUUGAUCCGAGUCCCCUCCGCAGCGAUGUUCGCUCUUUCAUUUGUGAUAUCGCUGGCGACUUUCAAGUCAUGGGGUUCGAUGGGCCCCAAGAAUACUACGGGGCUGUUCGUGGUGCUGUACCUACUGAACGCCAUCUCCAUCGCUGUGUACUUGGUCAUGCAAUUGCUCCUAGUUGCGAAUACAUUGGAUGACCGCUGGCCGCUGGGCAAUCUCUCCUUUGGUGUGCUCGUCUUCAUUAUUGGCCAGGUUCUCUUGUAUCAGUUUAGCGACACUAUCUGCAACAACGUGAAGCAUUAUUUGGACGGCCUUUUCUUCGCUACAUUCUGCAAUCUCCUCGCUUUUUGGGACUCGAUCACGAAGGAGGAUCUGGAAUUUUCUGUCGGUGUCAAGCCAAACACCUGGGAGGUUAAGGACCACUUAUCUGAAGAAGAGCGCCGAGCGACUGUCUAUCCUGACAAUAACUCUGAGUAUGCGGGUAGCCUGUACCACCAUCGCUCCUCAACGUACGGUCAUCAAAAUUAUUGA